AUGAACAUCGGUGAUAAGUGGGCCCGAAUAUGGGGCAGUGAACAGCCGAGAGAAACGUCUCCUUCUUCUUCCUCGUCUCCAAAAUUCCCUCUGAUCCCUAGCAAACAAGUCCAAGCAAAACAGUCCCUCGGUGCCACCCCAAUACUAGGAGAAAUACCCCAAUUGAAUCCCGUGAGUGCCAAUGAAUCAAGCAAGAGGUCGAUGAGAAGCACGCCGAUGGGCUCUCCCACGAAAUCUUUGGAGCCUUCGAUUAGUCCUAUUAAACAGGGCUCACAAGCAUUACGGUCCAAGCCCUCGAUUUCCAGCUUGGCUUCCGCUAAAUGGACGCCAAAGCCCGUUCCGCCGGUAACUCUGGAAAACAACGCUGCGCCGUCACGAACUGUGAGCGCAAAUGUUUCUGAUGCAGCAAAACCGGAGAAGGCCGGAGCAAGCGAGGAGCAAGUCGAGAACUCGGACAACAAGCCUGUUGAAAACAAUAAUGCAGAUGACCAAUCUGAUGUAGACAAAUCAAGUAAAAGAAGUAGAACAUGGUCGUUUUGGAGAAGCGACGAUACCGAGGUUAGAAAAGAAGUUGUGGCGGAUGAGCGGGUCACAAACCAGAUUCUACAUUUCAGCCCACAGAAAAACCCGAAAAGAUCCACGACAACUGAUACUUCAGACUCUCAAAGUAUAAUAGAAGCAAAAAAUGACAUUUCGCGCGAGGCCGGAACCGAAGAUGCCGUGCUCUACAAAUCUCACCAUAGCGCCAAGGAGUUCAACAAGAUCAACACGCAUAAAAACGAAAACAUUGCCCAGAAUAUAAUAGUCCCCGAUUGGGAUUCAUGCUUGCCAUUGCUGACGCAUGACUUGCCAGGAUACGAGCCUUUGGUUAAUACGGUAGGAAACUCUUCUUCUUUCGAUCUAAAGGGCUGGUUUAACUACUUAUCCAAUUUUUCGCUGAGAUUUGGAUUCAAAGGCGAUGAAGUGGUACCUAAUAAUGCUUUGAAGGAACUAUCUAAAGACUCACCGAAUUUAGAUACCCCCGACUUGAGAAGCGAGAAGUAUAGAUUAUACGGAAAAAGCUUGACACGCCUUCCUUCGCUGAAAAGAGCAUGCCUUAAGACAGCUUCUCUUGCCAUAAACAAUGAUAACCUCCGCAAAGCGAAGAAGCAAAAGACUCAAUUGGAAGAGGAUUUGGAAGACGAAAAUCUGAUUUCAAUAACAAACGAGAGCAACGGCAAACUUUUGAUAAAUCCAGAGCCGUAUCUGCCCAAGCCACACACAACUGUCAUGGAGAAAUUAAAGAGUCAAAUCGGCGCUCCUAACAAGAUCAAGCGGAUUCUUGUCAUUGGUGUGCAUGGAUUUUUCCCAAACAAAAUGAUUCGCCCACUUAUCGGAAACCCUACAGGUACAUCCUCUAAGUUUGCAAAUGAAGCGGAAAAGGCUAUCAUAAGAUACUGUGUCGAUAAUCAUAUGAUGAGUGAAAAUGAUGCCCGUGACAUGAGUAUUAGAAAAAUAGCUUUGGAGAAAGAAGGCAAAAUAUUCGAUCGUGUUAACUUCUUUUUGGAAGUCAUGUCAAAAUGGGAGGCUGAGUUGAAUGAAGCAGAUUGCAUUUUUAUUGCUGCCCACUCUCAGGGUUGUGUUGUUUCUAUCAUCCUCCUUGCCCGCUUGAUCAAAGCAGGCAUCUUAAAAAAUCCUAUUCACAAGAAGUUAGGAAUUCUUGCCAUGGCUGGAGUCAACAAUGGUCCAUUUUAUGGGGUUGACAAAUCACUAUUCAUGAAGGCAUACUCAACGUUUGAACACGAGUCUUUGCUCGAGCUUUUCGAGCUUACCAAAUUUCAGAGCCCCCAGGCUAUCGCAUACAAGGAAGCAAUAAAAACUAUUAUUGCCAUGAACUGCAAAAUCUGCUUCAUAGGGUCGAUCGAUGAUCAGUUAGUCCCAUUGUACUCUGCACUAGCAUCUCACAUAUAUCACCCGAACAUUUACAGAGCAUGUUACAUAGAUCAGUCUGCUCGUGCACCACAGUUUGUUGUUAAGUUGGUACUGCUUUGCUUGCAGUUGCAAAACUUAGGUUAUUUUGACAAUGGUGUUGUGAAGGAGUUAAGUGCGGUUCUUGCUGGACCAAUCACCGGAGGCGGCCACUCUAGAAUUUACAAUGACGGUAAGGUUUACGACUUGGGGCUCAAAUUCCUUCUCGAUACAUCUGAUGUAGUGCAUCCUGUCGAAAGCAAACCCAUCGAAGAUGGAGGCGUUUUAACAAGCUAUCUCGAGAAUCAGAUUCAUAUUAAGGAGUACAAUGUCGCUAAAUUAGGCACCAACCCCUUCAUUCUACCUUGGUGUUUGAGAGGUCUUUUGUUCAAUAUCGAAAAGAACUGGCGCUUGAAUAUUCCUAGUGGAGAACACCCUGGUAGCCUUUCUAGGACUGGAUCCGAAGAAGUGCAAAAGUUGUAUGAACUAUUUGAUGCAUGGAAAGCAGACACAAAAAUAUACAGGGACCUUAAGUUCCGGCUCAACGGAAUACGUCAAAGCAAGCUCUGA